CCAAACGCGCUCCCUGUGGAUUCUGAAACUCCACCGGGGUGAGAGGCGGAAGCGGAGUUGACGGGGGAACCACGGCCAUCAAUCCUGCACCAUGAGGAUGGAAGUAAGUAACAGAUGCGGGUAAAAGAUCCAUCGAGGGCUAACCCUGAAAAAAACAAGAGAAACAAAAGGCCUAACAGGCCUCAGGAUGAAGACUCUUCAGAUGACAUUGCAGGUUUAACCUGCCAGCAUGUAAGCCAAGCAGUGGAUGUGCAUCAUGUGAAGAGGGCAGUAGCUCAGAAUGUUUGGUCAAUAUGUUCAGAAUGUUUAAAAGAAAGGCGAAUAAAUGAUGGUGAUCCAGUGAUUCCUUCUGAUAUAUGGCUGUGCCUCAAAUGUGGCUCUCAGGGUUGUAGUCAAAACUCCGAAGGCCAGCAUUCUCUGAAACAUUUCCAAACUGCUCGCACAGAACCUCAUUGCAUUGUAAUCAAUCUCAGCACAUGGAUCAUAUGGUGUUAUGAAUGUGAUGAAGAGCUGUCAACACACUGCAACAAGAAGGUUUUGGCUCAGAUAGUUGACUUUCUUCAGAAACAUGUUUCUAGGACUGAACCAAGUUCAUCAUCAAAAAUUAUACGACUUCGUGAAGAAAAUAAUGAAGGAAGUGAAACAUUGAAAGGAAGAAGUUCCGCAAAUGGCGUGUCAAUUCCAGUUAAGGGAAUAAAUAAUUUAGGAAAUACAUGUUUUUUUAAUGCUGUCAUGCAGAAUCUGGCACAGACUCACAUGUUAAAUGAACUAAUGUAUGAGAUGAAGGAAAAGGGAAUAAAGUUAAAAAUCAGUCAAGCUGAAGAUGCGCAAUUGGAUCCUUUGGUGGUGAACCUCUCAAGCCCUGGACCAUUGACUUCAGCCAUGUUCUUGUUCCUUCACAGUAUGAGGGAAGCUGGCAAAGGCCCUCUUUCUCCCAAAGUUUUGUUCAGCCAGCUCUGUCAAAAGGCCCCUCGGUUUAAAGGGUUUCAACAGCAGGAUAGCCAAGAGCUUCUCCACUAUUUGUUGGAUGCAAUGAGAAUAGAAGAAACAAAGCGUAUACAAGCUGGUAUCUUAAAAGCAUUCAACAAUCCAACAACUAAAACUGCAGAUGAGGAAACUAAAAGAAAAGUUAAAGCAUAUGGAAGAGAGGGUGUGAAGAUGAACUUCAUAGAUAGGAUCUUUGUUGGUGAAUUGACUAGCACUGUCAUGUGUGAGGAAUGUGAAAAUAUUUCCACAGUAAAGGAACCUUUCAUUGAUCUUUCACUCCCUAUAAUAGAGGAGAGGGUCUCAAAACCCAUGCCUUUGGGAAGGACAAGUAAAUGUAAAAACAUACAAGAAGCAGAUCUUGAUCAGUUCAACUGCUCUUCUAUUACUGUACCAAAUAAUCAACAACCAAAAAUCACCAGGAGACACUCUUUAACAAAAGAUAAGAAUCAGUUAAAUCAUGAAAGAAGUCUUGCCAGGAAAUCCUCCUCUGGGGAGGAGGAGAGAAGUCCAGUUAUCAUGCAUGAAAAAAGAAAGCUUGAAGUAGAAGGUGGUUCUGGAGUUUUGUAUUCUGAGACCAUAAAUACUGCUACUGUAUCCACAGCAAAUGGAAGUCAGACUGAAGGCAGUGAAAAAGAAGUCAGCCAUUCAGAAAGUAGCGUUGAUGCAGACAGCGAAGCCUCAGAAGGUGAAAGUGCUGUUAAGCGAGCAGUUACUGGUAGAUCUGGUUUGCACAUUGACGGGCUUAACCACUUGGUAAACAUUAGACUGCCACACAACAAACCAAGUGACAGUAAUAAUGAGAUGAUCACCAGUGCCAUGUCCAAGCUCAGUUUCAACAGUAUUAUAAAUGAAAGUGAAGAACCCAUCAGUCGGGAUCCAUCAUUAAGUUUGUCAAACAAUUCCAUGUUUUCAGUGGAAAAGUCCCCUUUGUCCCAAAGCCCUCAAAAUGCUUUUCAGACUCUUUCUCAAAGUUAUAUAACUAGCUCUAAAGAAUGUUCUGUUCAGUCCUGCCUCUACCAGUUUACAUCUGUGGAGCUGUUAAUGGGGAACAACAAGCUUUUAUGUGAGAAUUGUACAGAAAGGAAACAGAAGUAUCAAAAGAAAACUCACACCGCAGAAAAGAAAACCGAAGGCUUAUACACUAAUGCCCGGAAGCAACUGCUGAUUUCUGCGGUUCCUGCCAUUCUUGUUCUCCAUCUGAAAAGAUUCCACCAGGCUGGUUUGAGUCUACGGAAAGUAAAUAGACAUGUGGAUUUCCCACUGAUUUUAGACUUAGCACCAUUUUGUUCCGCUGCCUGCAAGAAUGUUACAGAUGGAGCAAGAGUUCUGUACACUCUUUAUGGAAUAGUGGAGCACAGUGGCUCAAUGCGAGGCGGUCACUAUGCAGCAUAUGUGAAAGUCAGAACACCUUCCAAGAAAUUAUUGGAGCAUAUUGCUAGCAAUAAAAAUGUUCCAGGUUUAAAGGAAGCUGUGGGAGCAUCAGCAGGACAGUGGGUGUAUGUUAGUGAUGUCCAUGUACAGAUGGUUCCAGAAUCAAGAGUACUAAAUUCACAAGCUUAUCUGCUGUUUUAUGAAAGAAUAUUGUAAGAGUGUACCAGUUUAAUUUGAAAAAUGAUAAUGGUUAUUUGGUCUAUCUUUCUUAAAUACUGCAGUGGUUGCAGUACCUGUAAAUAUUGUGCCUUAAUCUGCCCUUUAAUAGAAAACGUACCAUAGUUUGAUUCUGAACUUCAAUCAAGCUGAUUAUCAACACCCCAACACUAGUUUAAAAAUGUACAUUUUGCCAAACAUUAAAAUUCCUGAACUCCCUGUAUCAGCGAGAGAGAGAAAGUGAAACACAGGAUGAAAUCCUGGCCCUGUUGAAGUCAAUGGGAGUUUUGCCAUUGAAUUCAGUGGAGCCAGGAUCUCACCCAUGAUUUUUAAACCAGUUAAGAAUGAAAAUGACAUUGGUAAUGUUAAGUGCCUGGAAUCCCAGCGGACAGUAAUAAUGCAAAAUUACUCAUCUUCUGUGGGAUUUAGUUCAGAUCAUACAAAUUGCUGGGUUAGAUAUUUUGUCUUAAGAUUUCUACAGACAAAUUUGCAUCAUGGUAUAUUUCCAGACUUCUUAUCUGGAAAGCAGUGCUUCCAGAAUGGAAUGAUGACAUUGGACAAUAUUGGCUAAUGCUGCAGUGUAAUUUCCUGAUGUAUUACUGGGAAAACUUAAAAAUGUAUCAUCUACCGGUUCAUGCUUCCUGAUGGCAAAUAAAAUAUUUAGGGUUUGGAUUCUCUCAAAAACCCAAUUAGGUUUGAUACACUUGCUCUGAGCCAUCUCUAAAUGGCAUUAUUAUAUGAAUUUUCUACCCUCUUCGUACCUGUGGAAUAAUCUUGCUGUAUGUCUGUCAUUUGUAAGUCCACUGAUUUAAUAUAUAGCCAUCGUAUUUAUUCAAAUAGUUCUGUAUUUUAGUAAAACUCAAACUGCUAUACAUUGGUUGUGAUUACACAUGUACAGUAUAUAGUGAGCUCGUGUGUGUUUAUAUAUAUAUAGAGAGAGAGAGAGAGGAGUUAUUCAAGCACAACUGGGUAAUUCUAUUACUAAUUAUGGGUUCUAAAAACAAAUUUGUUCGUCUGUUGCUGAUUACUUUUCUCACAGAAGUAAUAAAUGACAAAUUAUUUUUGCAGUGUGUGAGAGUCGGACAGUGAUGACAAAUUCUGCCCUCAAAUAGGUACAAGCAAUAACCGUUGACGUCAGUGAAGGUGAGGAGAUCCACUGGCAGAAUUUGUCCCUAAUACUCUAGUUGCACAGGGUAUUGUGUCUGCCAUAAUGUCAGCACUUUAGUUUCUUGGCAGCCCCAUUAUUUCUGUCCCAAAUGUAAUACAAUCAUUUCUGUCAGUCUUCGGCCUUAUAAUUAAACUGGUUAUUUGAAUUUGUAGGUAAUCUGAUAAUUUAUUGAAGUUAGUUAACUCAUAACUAAUUUCUGUUUAGCUUGCAAUCCAUCUGUCACAACUGCCGAUUUAUUUGGUAAAUAAAAAGCUUUGUGUUUGUUUCUGUUUACUGUUUCAACAGUAGAAAUAUUUAGUUUAAUGAUGAAAAUUAAGUGCCAGUCCUCCUCACCACAGCAUUCUCUACUGCAGAACUCUAAACUUCCAGUGCUGCAAUUAAAGCAGCCUGCAGCUUACAGAUAGCCAAAUCCCACCUCUCACCCGAGGGAUUCAAGGUGUGAAAAGCAGCAGGAGCUACCAUAGUUACCUAGCUCAGAGGUAAGGAGCAGAGGCUGCACAGGGGCACUCCAUAUUCCACAUGUUGCAGCACAGUGUUCCAUGGCAGCACACACUGCCAUGUAGAUCCACCUGGCAAAACUCCAAUGUGGGAGGGCAGGAGGUAAACUGGCAUAAAUGUCUUAGAGACUGUGGGCUGUAUAGCAGAUAUGGGGAACUAAGGGCUAGUUGCAGCUAGUUGGUCAUGCCUUUGUUUAGAAGAAGUUGAAGUUACAGCAGGGUUAGCUAAUAUAUGUUGGCUAACCCAGACACGUUACUUUGAAUGUCCCCCAGAAUAAAUUCAAAUUAAUGUCUCUGACCUCCGUUUAGCUGGUCUUGGUCAACCCUUGUGGGAGCCUAAGGUUCAACCGCAACCACCUAAGUGAGGUAAAAAGUCUUGACCUUAGUCUACACUAGGGAAAAGGUCAUGGGGAGAUUGGAGUUAACUAACAGAUUAGUUACCUUGACCUCUUUUUCUAAUCUAGAUAAAGCCACACAGGGUGCAGAGAGGUAUUCUUUUCUCUCUCUCUCCUUUUUUUUUUCCUUCUUCUUCUGUUUCUACAUAGUUAGUUGAAACUCAUAAUAUUAAUGUGGAUGGGACUCCCAGCAAACAAAACAAGUCACUGGAAAGCUGACAGAGAAGUUUCACCAUGGUGACAGAAUCCACUCUACAGAACAUCAAUGGUCCUGUAUUAGAACCACUGAAUUUACAUACAUAAAUCUCUAACUGGCCAGAUGUUCAGCCUAGCACUACUCAGUGGGAUGCAAGACUGAAGGAUCCAACAGCAGAGAUUUUCUUGGCCCCAGUCAGCCCCAAGGAUAGCACUUUGCAUGAGGUAAUAGAGUCCUCACAGAGCUGGCCUCUGCUCCUCUCCAAUGUUUGCACUCACUGUGUGGCCUGUCUAAAUUCUGCCCCCAAGGCAAUAGAAAUGCCUGGGUUCUGCUGCCAGGGAUCCUGCUGCAGCUGUGGAAGAAAAGGGACAACUUGUCCAUUAGGGCUCAGGCACACAUUUCCUUACUUUUAUGCUGCUUUAUAGGCUUGUCAGCAAGAAAGAUGCAAAAAAGUAAAGUGAAAUGAUGUGAAAACAGAAUCCAAUCCUAAUAUUAUAAGAAGUACAUCUAUCCAAGAUGCUUAUUACUCUCUCUGCUGGAGUUCUGGUAUUGGCAGUAAAAGCGACAUGAGCUAAAACACAAAAAAACCUAACAGUGUGUGGCGGAAGCUACAGCAAAUAUGGAGCAAAAAUUAAUUUGAAACUUCAAAAUACAUCCUCUGCAAUGGAUUUAUAGCUUUAUAUGGAGAAUUAUUUUGGUAAAAUGAGACAGCGAUGCCUGAAACCACAGACUUCAAGCCUUAUGUCUCCUUCAAUAACUUUUAACUACUUAAGGCAAUAGUUUUCCCACAGUAAACCUUACUCUUUCUUACUCCAAACAAACAAAAAUCUGGUAAUAGCUCCACACAUUCUGCAUCAGGAAUUGAGAGAGAAGAUGACACAGACUUCCAAAGGUUCUAGUGACAUAGUAUCCCAUACUUGCUAAGAUUUGAAACAUUUUUCUAAGGACAUUUUUUGGAUAAACUGGACAAUCUGGAAGCUACUAGAUUCCUCCAGCUGCCUCAGGAUUCUGUGUGCAUUCUGUUGCAUGUUAGACUAGUAUAAAACUGCUCCUGCCCUUUCCUACCUACCGCCACCCUUUGUGCUGUAUCAUGAGGUUGCAACUGAUGCAUUUUCAAAGCCCCCAAAGAUUCAGCAUUUGGCUAAGCAUCCUAAAAUAGAGAUGCUUUUCCAGUGAUGCUAGAACAAUUUUUAUAGUAGGGAUAACUAAAAGUAGGGGUAGAGGUAAGGAAGGAAGAAACCAUGUAUUUGGGUUGUUAUUACUACUUCAAGCCAAGGGGUGCUGCACCCCUACUUCCAGCACCUAUGUACUUUUCCAAAAUAAUGGAGUCUCCCUUCAGGGCCUAUGGUCCUCUAUGUAACCAAACUUUCAAGGAUAGAUCAUAACUAUGCCUUACUGUUAUAUUCUUGCAGAUACAAGAGGUAGUAUAGCCUCCUACUGCACCUGGAGUUGUCAGGCUGGAUUCCUCUGCAAUCUUUGUAGGGGAACAGUCCUCUUCUAUCAGUCCCAUCUUACCCUUUCCCAUCCCUCCUUGUGAUGUCUCCUCCUCUCACUUUGACACCAAUGUUUCCCUUCCUUACCUCUUACCCUACUUUUUGUUAUCCUUGCUGUUCUCCCAGCCUCUAGAAUUUGUCUGUCAGUCACCCCUCUUUUAUCUCUUCUCACUACCAUCCAAAUUUCCUGAUCUACUGGAGCCUUUGGUAGGGUGCUCAACUUACAUACCUGCUACUCAUACUGCUUUUCUGUGGAAUGCAGUAUGGGUUGCAGAAAGGCCUGAGAAGAUGAGAAGCAAGUAAUGGCCGCUGAGCAACUCCUCUGCUGGCCAGCUGCAGGAACUUGAUGGUGUGGAGGAUUCCCAGUAUGUGGGACAGACAAAAAGUUCUGCCCAAAAUGGGACUGUUGGCAGGUGUGAUAGUGUGUGCAUGGUCACUAUCCCUGUUUAGAAGGUAGAGUCCCUAUAUUUUGCAAAAAUUGGUUACCACUGGCUACCUCCAGAAUUUUUAAUCCUGUUUUUUUUUUCAAUAAAGUAAACCUAUUUUUUCUUCCCAAAUGUCCCUGUUUGUGGAUUUCAAAUGUUGGCAAGUAUAACCAUGGUUUAUAAAGUCAUCAGAAGUUUGAGAUGUCUUGUAUAUCUUUGUCACCAUUCUCUUCUCCUAUGGACUUUAUAUUCAAAUAAUACUACAGAUUGACAUUUUAAAUGCUGAAGAGGUUAAUGUGCCUAUGUCUACUAGAGA